AUGUGGAACCCACGGUUGACCCAAACGAACCAAGCGGCGAGGCUCAUGCUGAAACUUGACCCGAUAGAUGCCAGGUUUAUGAGCCAUAAAGGAGGGAACCAAAUGGGUUUGGCCAUUAUGGUUCGAUACCGUUUGGGUGAACCAAACUUAAAGAUGAUGAAAAGGGUGAGAGAGAGCGGAAUGGCAAUGGCUAUGUUACAUUGGGUUUGGUUUAUAAAAAAAAAAGCGUUUGUUUUUUUCCCGUUUUACAAAAAUGCCCUUGGACAAUCAAUUCUCAUUGCUGUAAUCCGCGCUACUAAUUUCAUCGUCUUCACGCUUCACUUCUCGUUCUUUCUCCCUCACAGACUCUGUCACUCAGGCAAACAGCUAGCCAUUUCUCUUCAUCCCCUCUGCCAACCGUCAAAAAGUUUCUUGGUCAUUGAAAUAUACGAAAAUGUUUUUAUUUUAUCUUAUAUUCUGCAGAAUGGGGAUGAUUCUGUAGAUUGGAAACUGGAGAAUGAAACAAUGGCAGCUUUUGUCCAGACUCUACUUCAACAGAUCCAACAAAGGUUCCAAACAAUGUCUGACUCCAUCAUUAUGAAGAUUGAUGAGAUGGGCUGCAGGAUAGAUGAGCUAGAACAAACCAUCAAUGAUCUCAAAGCAGAGAUGGAUGCAGAUAAGCCUCCUUCUCCUUCGGUUCCUUCCUUGCCAAAGGACGAUUCCAAGUCGCCCAAAGAACCAUAACAGUGUGAAUUUGGCGUUUACAGCAUGGUAUUAAUAGACUGUAUUCCUUUUGUUCCCUAGCUUUUCUCUCAUGGAAAGCCAGUAACAAACAGACACAGAUAACUUGUAUUUGUGACCGCCUCUUCUAAUUUCAAUUAUCUAUUAUAUAUGGUUAACCCUCUCUAA